AUGGAUCGUCUUCACGUUUCAAUCAUGGCGGAUUCUCUUCUCUCCUCCAUCGCUACUUUUCACACAACCAAGAUCAUCAUUACAGAUCCUACCAAGUACUCCUUCGUUGGAUCUGUUCCUGAAACCAUGCUCGCCCAUGUCUCUGCAGCGAGUAAUGUUUUGCAACAAUAUAGGAAGAUUCUGUCUUCGUGUCCAAGGGAGCUUACGCCAGCCAUGGUUCGCUCCAUUGAAGAGGCUGACAAGCCAGUGAAAAGGGGCAAUAAAAAUGAAACCCAGAAGGAGGCACAGCCUCAACCAAAGAAGCAGAAGAAGCCUGCUAGGAAGCUUAUGCUCCAAUCUUCCAGUGAUUCUGACUCCGAGUAUGUGCCUCCAAAACAUAAGUCUGCUCCUCCUUCAGACUCUGAAAGUGAAAGCUCUGAAGAUGAGGCUUCGGGUCGUGGUGAUACCCCGCCUCGGUCCCCUACCCCAAAAGUUUCGAUUCACUCUCCACCUCCUUCUCCUCCACCUGUUACAAUCCCAAUAUCCAUCCCUCCAGUUUUCCCCAUCCUCACUACUCAAGCCUUCACCACUAUUCCCAUCCCUACUCCUAUAUUCAUAGAAACUACUACCACCACUACUACCACAGGGGCUCAUUCUACAGCUCCCACUCCACCUGUCACAACCGAACCUCCAACCACUACCAAACUCUUAUCUCCUAUUCCAUCUACAGAAACCACCCCAGUUCUAGGCGGUGAGGACUUGGAAUUUGAUUCCACUUAUUUUAGUCCUUACCAUGUACAAAGUGAUGAAGAUGAUGAUGAGCCUGUUACCAAGCAUCAUCUCAAAGCAGUAAAUGACAAACUCGAUCAACUGCUCUCCUCCUCUUCCUCUGGGGCUUAUUCUGAAGCUGCAUUAAAGGCUUUGUUCUCAUUUGUUGUUCAAGAACAUAGUGCCUCACUUUCUGCUGUAGCUAAAUCCAUUGAAGCCUCCACUUCUCAAUGUCAGCAAGCCUCCCUCGUUGUUGAGGCUUCCACCACGGAGUGCAAGGAAGCGACCGUAAAAGUCGAUAAACUAGUUUCUGAGGCUCACUUAUUUCUAGAUUCUUUGCAGGCGGUUGCUAAGAAGAAUGCUCAAACUGUCAAUGCUUUGGUGGAUAACCUUCAACGUUCUCUUCAAUCUGAAAGGUCCAACCAUGAAGCUGCACACCAAACGAUCGAAGCUGCCAACGAAACUUUGCAUGCUAAUGUUAAUGAUCGAUUGACCCAACUGGAGGCUGAGUUAGCUGUAGAGAAUCGUAUCAUGGAUGAGCUUCACUGGUGA